UCUUUUUUGACACUUUCUUUGACACUCAUCAUUAUUUUAAAAAUAAAUUUUAUGGCUUAUUGGAGAACUUUUUUCCUUAACAAACAAUUUUUUUACAAUGCAUUUUUUAAUUGACCAAUAUAUCUCACGUGUGGUUGUCUACUUUCCAGAAACUUUGAGACCACAAAGCAGGUUAUGUUUGUGAUUUUAUAACCAACGAUAUUCAGUGCAAGAGUGAUGUGGGUCGGAUUUAAACGGUUUUAAUUUGGUUUCUACAAACUGAUUCAAAUUUCAAAUAAAUCUCAAAUUUAAAUUCGUUAAAGUACCUUGUUUAGAGACGGUUUUUUGAAUUUAAACAGUCAAACGUGAUUUUAUCUGAAAAUUCAUAUUUGAAUAAGAGUUGCCACUUCAAACUACACAGCAGCAGCAAACAGAAGAAAUUAUUACAACAUGAGUAGCUUAAAAUCACCUAACUUGAAAAGAAAAAAAACUCAACCUUUGAAAGCACGAACAAAGCGUGCGAAACUCGAAAUCAAAGACGAAGUCCCUUCAUGUAGCACCGCCAGCGCAACUACCAAGAAAGUAAAAGUUAAAAAUGAAGAAGAUACAAAAAUAAAAAAAGCUAAAACGAAAGAAUCCGUCAAAACUGUUUGCGAUCCUCAGUGGACUGAAUAUGAACUACUGGCUGAACAAUACAGCCUCCAGUUAAACGUUGCCAAAAACGUUAUCGAAUUAUUUGAAGAAGGAAACACGAUUCCGUUUAUUGCUAGAUACAGGCGAAACGCCACUAACAACAUGACAGCAGAGGAAUUACGCGCAACCAAAGAAACUUACGAGGAGAUCCUCACCCUGAAAAACAAAAUGACAACUGUUAUCAAAAAUCUAGAAAAGUCUGCAGCACUAACAGAACAGCUGAAACGAGCCGUCACUUGUUCACGAACCAUAGAAGAACUAGAAUACGUCUACGCGCCUUAUAAAACAGGAGGUAAACGUACGUUAGCCGAAAGAGCCAAAGAAUUAGGGUUAGAAGAGCCAGCUUUAACCAUUUUAAAUAACACAGGCAAAGUUAAUUUAUAUGACUUCAUUUUGGAAAAUAAAGAUGAACUGAAAGACGUGUCCGCGGUGGAAAAAGGAAUUGUUCAUAUAAUCGCGUCAGUGAUGGCUACAGACACAGAAAUAUUGUCUGCACUGAGAGAACUGCGCAAGAACACGAAUUUUGCUAUUAAAACCAAAAAAGCUGUCACAAAGAGCACUAAAAACGCGGCCGAAAAUAAAGAAAGCAAUGAAUUUAAGUUUGAAAAUUACUUGGAUUUUGAAAUUUCUGUAAAAUAUAUUAAACCUCAUCAGGUACUCGCAAUUAAUCGAGGCGAGAAUUUGAAAGUAUUGUCGGUCAAAGUGGUAGUUCCAGAGUCGCUAAGUCACAAAUUUCGCACUUUGUGCUUUAAUAAAUGGGUGAAUAAAGGUGAAAAGUCGCCACAAAGAGAAAACAUUAUGAAACAAGCCAUUGAAGAUGCCUACAGUCGUUUAGUUGAACCACUCGUCAAACGCGAGGUUAGAUCUGAGUUAAAACAAAAGGCUGAGAGAGCUUCCUGUGAUGUUUUUAGCACAAAUCUGAAACAUCUCUUGUUAGCGACCCCUUUAAAGGGAAAAGCUAUUUUAGGAAUUGACCCUGGGUAUUCCAAUGGUUGUAAAUUGGCACUUAUUUCACACGUGGGAACUUUGGUCACUAGUGGGGUCAUAUAUCCCCACAAACACAGAAGUAACAACCAAAAUAGUGAAAAAGACAUUACAAUGCUAAAAAAUAUGUUACUGAAGUACAACUGCGAAUUAAUAGCGCUUGGUAAUGGUACCGCGUGUCGUCAGACUGAAGAAUGGUUAACCAAUUUAAUAGAAUCAAGAGUAUUUUCCCCACUUGAUAUUAAGUAUACCGUUGUACGUGAAGAAGGAGCGUCAAUUUAUUCUUGUAGCCCUGAAGCUAAAAAAGAGUUCCCUACUUUGGACCCCAAUAUAAUUAGCGCUGUAUCAUUAGCCAGACGUGUCCAGGAACCCCUAUCCGAAUUAAUCAAAAUCGAGCCUAAGCAUCUCGGCAUCGGCAUGUACCAGCACGACGUCAAAAAGAAACAACUGGACGAAGCCUUAGAUGACGUAGUGUCAGAGUGCGUCAGUUUCGUGGGUGUGGAUUUAAACACGGCUUCACAGUGCCUUCUCAGACACGUAGCUGGAUUAUCAGAGAAAAAAGCCCAACAAAUUAUCGACCACCGAAGCAAAAACGGCCCUUUCACCUCCCGAAAACAACUCCUAGACGUGUUCGGGAUCGGCGAAAAGGUGUUUCUUCAGUGCGCCGGUUUUCUGCGAGUGGGACCUCUCACGACUGAAGACGCAACUACUUUUUACAAAAACCCCAAAUCCACGAAACUGGAUUGUACAAACGUGCAUCCAGAGUCAUAUGACACUGCUAUUAACAUAAUUAAAAAAGUGGGUCUUAAGUUGGGUGACGUAGGCGAAACGAAUUUCAUUUCAGUUAUUAAAGACAAACUAUUAAAAGUGUCGGAGUUAAGCGCCGAGUUUAGUUCUAAUGAUGACACGGUGCAGUUAAUUUUGGAUGCGCUGUCUAAACCACUGAAUUACGAUUUCAGAAAUGACUGUCCAAAGGAGCCCGUUUUUAAGAAGGGGUUGACUAGUAUCGGUGAUUUGGCGAGUGGGAGCGUGUUGACAGGGGUGGUGAACAAUGUUACGCAUUUCGGGUGCUUCGUUGAUAUAGGGGUGGGCACUAAUGGGUUGAUUCAUGUGAGUAAGUGUAACGGGUUGAAUUUGCAAAUAGGGCACAAAGUGGAAGUUAAAGUUAUUAAUGUGGAUAUUGGGAAAAAGCGCAUCGGAUUACAAGCAUUGAAAUUGUUAAUGUGAAAUUGUUACAAUUUUCAACUUAUUAAUAAAUUUCGAGGACUUUUUGUUUUUU